GGGGGCCGGGGCGAAGUGACCAGGCGGCGGCGGCUCUGCUGAGGUGACAACGUGCUAGCAGCCCUCGCUCGCUCUGGGCGCCUCCUCGGCCUCGGCGUCCUCUCUGGCCGCGCUCGAGGAGCCCUUCAGCCCGCCGCUGCGCUAUGAAGGCCCCUCUCUGGGGCUGGCCGAGGCUGGAGCCGGCUCCCUGUGCUCGCGGGCAAGUGUGAAGAGAGAGGCGCGGGCGGGAGCCGGGGCUGCGCGCGGCGCUCGCGGGCCGGCGCGGGUUCCAGGUGAGCGCGGACUCGGCGAGCUCCGCACUCGGCGCGGCCGGCCGGCGCCUGCUGGGCUUGAUCUGAGGCUGAAUCCCGUGUUUGGACCGCCGUUCCCUCUUCGCGGGAUCGUUGGCCAGAAUAGCAGAUGCAUUUUUGUAGAAGCAUUUUGAGGAUGAAUGUUUGCAAAUCAUUUUGAAAUUGCCAAGUGCCACAUACAUGGAAUGUAUCCUGCUUUCAUCUUGGAGUUCACCUGUGUGGCUUGGAUUUAUCACAGUAGCAUUUGUCUUCAAUCUGUGUGUUAACUAGAAAUCAAGGAAAGACAUGAGGAGAUUUGUCUACUGCAAGGUGGUUCUAGCCACUUCACUGAUGUGGGUUCUUGUUGAUGUCUUCUUACUGCUGUACUUCAGUGAAUGUAACAAAUGUGAUGACAAGAAGGAGAGAUCUCUGCUGCCUGCAUUGAGGGCUGUUAUUUCAAGAAACCAAGAAGGGCCAGGAGAAAUGGGAAAAGCUGUGUUGAUUCCUAAAGAUGACCAGGAGAAAAUGAAAGAGCUGUUUAAAAUCAAUCAGUUUAACCUUAUGGCCAGUGAUUUGAUUGCCCUUAAUAGAAGUCUGCCAGAUGUCAGAUUAGAAGGAUGUAAGACAAAAGUCUACCCUGAUGAACUUCCAAACACAAGUGUAGUCAUUGUGUUUCAUAAUGAAGCUUGGAGCACUCUCCUUAGAACUGUUUACAGUGUGAUAAAUCGUUCCCCACACUAUCUACUCUCAGAGGUCAUCUUGGUAGAUGAUGCCAGUGAAAGAGAUUUUCUCAAGUUGACAUUAGAGAAUUACGUGAAAAAUUUAGAAGUGCCAGUAAAAAUUAUUAGGAUGGAAGAACGCUCUGGGUUAAUACGUGCCCGUCUUCGAGGAGCAGCUGCUUCAAAAGGGCAGGUCAUAACUUUUCUUGAUGCACACUGUGAAUGCACGUUAGGAUGGCUGGAGCCUUUGCUGGCAAGAAUAAAGGAAGACAGGAAAACGGUUGUCUGCCCUAUCAUUGAUGUGAUUAGUGAUGAUACUUUUGAAUAUAUGGCUGGGUCAGACAUGACUUAUGGGGGUUUUAACUGGAAACUGAAUUUCCGCUGGUAUCCUGUUCCCCAAAGAGAAAUGGACAGGAGGAAAGGAGACAGAACAUUACCUGUCAGGACCCCUACUAUGGCUGGUGGCCUAUUUUCUAUUGACAGAAACUACUUUGAAGAGAUAGGAACUUACGAUGCAGGAAUGGAUAUCUGGGGUGGAGAGAAUCUUGAAAUGUCUUUUAGGAUUUGGCAAUGUGGAGGCUCCUUGGAGAUUGUUACUUGCUCCCAUGUUGGUCAUGUUUUUCGGAAGGCAACUCCAUACACUUUUCCUGGUGGCACUGGUCAUGUCAUCAACAAGAACAACAGGAGACUGGCAGAAGUUUGGAUGGAUGAAUUUAAAGAUUUCUUCUACAUCAUAUCCCCAGGUGUUGUCAAAGUGGAUUAUGGAGAUGUGUCAGUCAGAAAAACACUAAGAGAAAAUCUGAAGUGUAAGCCCUUUUCUUGGUACCUAGAAAACAUCUAUCCGGACUCCCAGAUCCCAAGACGUUAUUACUCACUUGGUGAGAUAAGAAAUGUUGAAACCAAUCAGUGUUUAGACAACAUGGGCCGCAAGGAAAAUGAAAAAGUGGGUAUAUUCAACUGUCAUGGUAUGGGAGGAAAUCAGGUAUUUUCUUACACUGCUGACAAAGAAAUCCGAACCGAUGACUUGUGCUUGGAUGUUUCUAGACUCAAUGGACCUGUAAUCAUGUUAAAAUGCCACCAUAUGAGAGGAAAUCAGUUAUGGGAAUAUGAUGCUGAGACCCACACUCUUCUUCAUAUAAUCACCCAGUCUUGUCUCUCAGUGAACAAAGUAGCUGAUGGCUCCCAGCAUCCUACUGUGGAAACCUGUAAUGAUAGCACUUUGCAAAAAUGGCUACUAAGAAACUAUACAAGAAUGGAAAUUUUUAGAAAUAUUUUUGGGAAUUCUACUGAUUACAUUCUCUAAUGAUUUUUGGAGAGACUCACGUUGCGACAUGUUAACAGUAACCAAUGUCUCGAUGAACCUUCUGAAGAAGACAAAAUGGUGCCUACAAUGCAGGACUGUAGUGGAAGCAGAUCCCAACAGUGGCUGCUAAGGAACAUGACCUUGGGCACAUGAAGAUCAUGUCCUCCAAGCCAUGAAAGUGUCUACACUUUUGUUUUUCCAUUAUUUCAAUUGGGGGAAAAUAUUAACUUCGCUGAAUUGAAAGUUUUAAAAAUCCUUUUAGUAUUCUAAAACACAAUUGUUUCUAAUUCAUUUCUAGAAAUGUUUGCUUAUUUCCCUACUAAAAUUUGUAUCUGAUCAAAGCACAUAAAAAUAUAAAUAAUAGCAAACUAUUAUUAAACAACAGAACAACUUGUAAAACAAAUUGUGUUUGCUUUAAGAAAAAUCUUUAUUGCACUCAUGUCAUAGGGUUAAUUGGAGGUUAUUUUAUUUUUGGUUGUCAUGGUGAUUGAAAGAGAUAAUGUAAAUGCCUUAUAAAAUCUUCAUUAUGAAAUAUCAGUUGCUUUAUAAACUCACUCUUUUUAUGGAUCCUUCAUGGAAACAUGUUUGAUUUCUGUGUCUACAGCAGGGCCACAUAUUAAAUUACUUCUGAAUGGUGAAUUCAUCUUACAAAAUGUUCCAAGUUUUGGACAAGGAAAAACAUUACAUUGGAUAUUGAAUUCAUAGAGCCUUUACAGAAGCAUCACAUUUAAACCAAUGUGAAUUCAAAAAAGAGAAGGAAACUUUUUAAAUUCAAUUUAAAGUACAUAAAAAAGUCCGUGAAGCAUUGAGGGGAACAAGAUGAGUCUAAUCCGCAGCACUUCGAUCACUGUGAGAGAACUCAAAGUGGGUUGCAAUCAUUCCUAACACAGGCUGAAACUAAACAAUCUUGCUCCCAAAGUUUAUGUUGGAAACUCAAUUCUUAACCAAAAUCUUGGUCUCCACAAACUCUACCAUCCCUUUUCUCUUCAAUCUAUAGACAGUGGCAUGCCAUUGAUGCUGUACAGAAUUGCAGGUGAAAGGGAGAAUUUUAGACUUAAUUUUUAACUCUAUUGCACUUAAAGAUUUUAGUUAGGUUACCACUGUCAUUUUCAUUUUCUAUGUUAAAGAAUACCUUUCAGUGCUAUGCUCCAGUAUCUAAAAAUUUUAUCACCAGGGGAAUAAGCUCAAUACACAUUCAUUAAACUUUUAUUGUAAUUAAACUGCUAUAUAUUGUUUGCCAUAUAUUAUGGCCCAAGGAAUAUAGUUAUAAUCAGGCUAGAUUCACAUUUUCUUUUCUCAUCUUAAAACCCUUUAUGUUCAAAAUACAUUAGCAGAGGCCAUGAAAAUGAAAAAAAAUCAGAUUUUUGCUAGUAAGUUUUUAUAUUUGACAUCAUUUUAAAUGCUCAAAGAGUUGCCCUAUAUAUGCAUGUUAUUCAUUAUAAAUGCACUCAGCAGCUAAGAGAAAUUUGAGAGGAAAAAUGGAAGAAGUGUUUUCUGGAGCAGAAGAUUCCACUUCUUUGGUCCUCAUCUUUACUUAAAAAGCUCUUAUAGAAAGGAUUAAUCAUUUUGACUGCAUACAAACUAUGUCUCUGACAUGCACAUACACUGCUUUAUAAUGAAAACGAGGACACUUUCUGAUGGUCAGUAAAAUCUUAAAUGAUUUUUGCAACUGGUAUUCCUUCCUCUUUUGACUUUUUAUUGGUACAACUGUAGGGAAGAAUCUACAACCUGGAGCAUUUCAGGUUUGCUCUUUAAAUAUAGACACCCCUCACCAUGAGCUCUCUGUGAAUCCGUGAAUUUCCUAAAAUUGUAAGCAAAAUGUUGAAUAUCAGGGCAUUUUUUUUUUUCUGAGGUGGGAGUAUGUCACUCACAGCAAACUUGGAAAGAAGGCUAUGACUCCCAAGAGGCAGUGAACCAUUGCCUUAAAUUAAUAGCAGCCUCUCAAGUCCAUUGAGGCCUCAUGUAAAAUUCCCAUUUUUCACUUUUACACUCCUUUUCUUCCCUCAUUUCCUCUUCUCCUUACUAAGGUAAAAAGACCCUGCACAGCAUUAUUACUUAAGUUGAAAAAGCUUCAACUCUCAAGGACUCAUGUAUACCAUAUGUUCCACUUAUUGCUUUGUCAGUCAAAAUGCAUGUUAUGUAGAAAAUGGUCAAUGGCAAAUUUUUAUAAAUACAGCUACCCCAUCAAAGCUGAACUUGAAACGUUUUAGCAGAAUUUUAAAUGUGUGAAAGUUCAUUAUGGUCAUGGUGAGAAAACUAAAACUACAUGAGUUUCAUGUUAGAAAAGAAUUUUUAAACAAUCUUCAGAUGGCUUGAACACGUGCCAUUAUAGUAUCUAACAAAAAGUGGCAUAAAAUAUUACAAAACAUCCAACACUAGAAAGCAAUGACUAACAUUUAAUUUGUUUACAAAAAUGUUUAUUGUCUUCAGUACAAAAAGUUAAAACCAUGAUUGGAUUCAUAAUGCACUUGUCUUAUCCCUUAUUUAUGGAGCUAGACUGACAUAUUUCAAACCAAUGUCUUCUGUGGUCUUCUCCAUCUCAGUUAAUGCAACUUCAACCUUCCAGAUGCUCAGGUCAAAAACUGAAAGUUGCUUUUGACUCCUCUAUUUCUGUUUCAACUCUCAUCUAAUCCAACAGCAAAUCCCCUUGAUGCUACCUUUGAAAUAUAACUAGAAAAGAAUGACUUGCCACCAUAUCCACUAGGUGUCACUACCUCUAACCUUUUUAAUCGCAAUAUGCUUAUUAUUUAGUUCCCUAAUUUCCCAGUCCUUGUCUUGAACAAUCUUUUCUCAGUACAACAGCCAUAGUGAUUCUGUUAACCAUGAAUUUGAUUGUGUCACUUCCCUGCUCACAAUCUUCCAAUGACUUCUCCCUCCGGUGGCCUUCAAGGUCCUUUAUGAGUGUUACCCCUCUACACGUCCACACCACUCACCACACAUACAUACACAUGCACACACACACACAUGCGAUUCUACCUUUUUCUAACACCAUCUCUUAUCUCUUAUUAUUCUGCAUCUUACUUACCCUAUUAUGGCUCCCAAGAAAGUUCCUGCUUUAGUGUUUUGUUCCCUCUGCCCCAGAGAGCUCCCCUUAGUGAUCUCAGUUCAAAUAUUAUCUUAUCAGUAAGACAAACCCUUCUCCCAUCUGCCUUCCCUAUCCCCUGUACCUGACAAUCUAUGAGUUUGCUUCUUUAUUUCUGUCUAUACUUCCCCCUCCCUGGCCCCAAACAUGCCCAUCACAUGCCCUAGAAGGUAAGUCCCAUGAAGGCAGGGGCUUUGUCAGUUUUGUUCAUUUGGUAUUUCUGGCAUAUAUAUUCUCUAAAUAUUUCUUGAAUUAAUGAACUGAAAAAUGUGUGUUAAAGUUGCUAAGUGUUACUGUAUCAUACUUUUUUUGUAUUUUAAAUUUUAAAAUAAAGGCUAAUAUAUUUAGACAGGAUUUCCAAAAACUUUGUCUUCAAAUUUUAAUUUUCUUCCUAAUAUUCUUCACAUUAAACUAUGGACUAUAAUUUUCUGGAUAAAAUAUCCUGCCUUAUGGAAAUGAAAUAUGAAAUUUUAUUAAAAUGCUGCUAUAUUAUAUAAGUUGCUUCA